UGAACCGGAUAUAUUUGUGUCUGAUGCUAUUUAUUUUUUUCCCUGCUGGUUUGUUGUAAUUACUAGUAACAAUGAUAAAGCCGUGAUUGUGUCUUCCAUGUUGAUUUGAUGGAGUUUUGUUUCUCUUGUUUAUAUCUGUUAAGUUGACAGACAUAAACCUGUAACGUCAUCCAGUCACCACAUACAGUUUACCUGUGCCUGAGUCACCACAUACAGUUUACCUGUGCCUGAGUUACACAUACAGUUUACCUGUGCCUGGACAUCAUUGGAUAUGUUAUAAAUUUGUGUAAAUCGUUUUGUUACAUUAAUAAUUCAUCACCAAAUUCAAAAUUGUAAACUUGUAUCUGUAGAAGAGUAUAAAUUUAAUGCAUUACUAAAUAGUUUAUGAGAAAUUUGUUUUUCGUUUAAUUUCAGUAACAGACCAGUGUUAACAGCCUGACAAAAGUCAUACUGUUAUUACGCCCAGUAUGUAAAGGCAAUGAUUCCACAUAUAGUAUGAAACAUGAGAAUGUUUUCGUGUGACCAGACUUCCUUAAAAGUACAGGAAAGUACUUUCCAGAAAGAAAUGAAGCAGAUUAACCAUUGGUUAGUGGCUAACAGCAAUGUGAUACCCUGAUGCGUCGUGUUAGACCUUGGAUCCAGGGAAGGUGUGGUCUUUAAAAUAUCCGUUCAAACAUGGACGAAUAAAUUAGCCUUGUCACGUGAACAGCUGACAACCUUUUUUCUUUGUUUUGUUAAAUAACAAAACCUCCUAAGAAAUAUCGUCAUUUUGGAAGUCUGCUUCUGUUCAGCGAUCAUCAACAAAGAAGUUCAACAUGAGAAUUUAUUUGGAUUUCGGUCACACAAGAGAAUUCUUCUUGUGGAUUGUUAUAGUUUUCUGGACUCAGUCUGGGACUGCAAUUUAUCGCUGUGACUUUGAAACGGCAGGUUGCCAGUGCCCAUGGCUGACCGCGGACAACAGUGGGUUUUCUUUAGCCACAACUGGAGUAUACACCAAUCCAGUGAUAGACGCUUCUGGUAAUAAAUCAGGUCAUUUUGUGGAAGUUAAAGGAUCGAAAGGCAACAAGAGUGAAACGUUCAUGCACAGCCAGUGUUUUGAGUCACGAAGUGCGUCAUGCACGCUGAAACUGAGCUACAUGAUCAACGGGCCAUCGCCGGCGCAGAAGUUCGACCCCAGUACACUGACUGUCAAAUUCGUCGCAGGUUGCCAGCAUAACAUCGAGGGCUUGGUAGAAGUGGUACCCAUGAAAGUCUUUUACGGAAACCUUUCUGAAAGAGAAAGGUGGAAGACAGUUAAUGUUACUAUUGGUAAUCGUACCGAUACAUUCAGAGUUAUCUUAACUGGUUAUACUCCCUCAAUGUCAUCUUUUGUUGCUGUCGACAAUUUGGAAUUCUUCAACUGUGAGCCAGAUAGGCCUGACGAUGGUUCGUGCAUGGCUGACGAGUUCCAGUGUUCGAGUUCACGGUGUAUCAGUCGAGACCACGUCUGCAACAUUGAACACGACUGUUCUUGUGAUGAAGAUGAACGCUUAUUGGAAUGUGAGCAGAUCCCCUAUUACGGGAGAUGUACUUUUGAAAACUGUGAUUUUGAGAGCGCUGACUGUGGGUGGUACAAUGUUCAGGAUGAUGAUUUUGAUUGGUUGUUGCAAAACUACACACAUCCCUUCUUUGGAAAGCAGGAUCACACUCGAGAUGAUGGUAGAGGCCAUUUUGUGUCUAUCAACAACACAAGAACACUUGCCAUUGAUUCGACGGCUGUGUUGAGGAGUGUCCAGCUCCCCCCACCUCCAAAAUCAGGACUCUGCUCUGUGCGUUUCUUCAUUCAUUUAAAACAUGGAUCAUUAGAAGUGGAUGUUGUUGCUCAGGAGGUCAAAGGUCAUCACAGGAAACGCGUGCUGUGGCAGAGUUCUAAAGAUCUGAGGAAGGAUUACAGAUGGCAGUUCAUCGCAGUUCCUGUAAGAAAUAUCACACAAAGCUAUGUAUUGGAGUUCAGGGCAUAUAAAGCAAAAGGGAAUAAUGUUGGAGUCUUCCUGGAUGAUAUCAGCCUCAGUUUGGAAUGUAUCACGUUCCCAGAAAAAACUGGCUUCACUACGUGUGGUGCCAAGGGGAGACUGGGUCCCACACCAGCACAGUGUGAAGCUGCAUACACUGGAACGAAUUCUGAGAAUGUGUCUGUGGAAGAGAAAGGAAGAUACUCUGGCGCUCAGAUAUGGAUUGUCCCAGAGUCUACAACAUACAGUAUAACUGCCAGUGGUGGGUGUGGUGGUAUUGGAACCUCCAGUCAGUCAGAGGCGGUUGGAGGUUAUGUCCAUGCCAAGUUCGACCUUCAGAAAGGUGACAAGAUCUACAUUGUGGUAGGCCAUCAAGGGGAGAGCACCAGGUGUGACAAACAGAAUAAGGUGUUGAGUGAUGACUGUAAUAUUCUACUUGGUAAACAUGGCACCAACAAGACAAGCCAGAAUGUAGGAGGUGGUGGGGCUGGCGGAGGGGCAACAUAUGUCUUCAUGGUAAAUGAGAAUGGAGAACCUGACAUUUUAUUAGUGGCUGGAGGAGGUGGAGGUUUAGGGGCAGCGUUCCGGGGUACAGACAUUUCUGCAGUCGGCGGGAUCGAGUUUGAAGGAGAUGGCAAAAGUGGCUGGACCACCCUGAACAGUCCAAGUGCUGGUGGUGGUGCUGGCUGGAAAGGUAGAUCAAAGUCACCACAGACUGGGCGGUCUUUGCUAGAAGGUAUGAUGGGUGGGAUUUCGUGUUCGUGGAUGGGAAAUGGAGGAUUUGGUGGUGGAGGAGGGGCAUGUGUUGCUGGUGGAGGAGGUGGCGGGUAUACAGGUGGCGAUGCUCCAAAAAGUAAUAAUGCAACAUUAAAUGGACAGGGAGGAACAUCAUAUGCUAACCCAAGUGCUAAAGAGGUUCUCAUGGACAGUGGUCACACUUUAGAACGAGAUGGGUUUGUGCAGAUUCUGCCCCAGCGCGGCUGUCAGUGUGUUGAUAUUUGUAUAUGGAUCGACUACCGAGCCAACCAAUACAGCUGUCGAUGCUUUAAUCCAAACAAUGAGGUCGGAGAAAAUGGAGAAGACUGCAUAUUACGAAAGGAAAAGUCAGGGAUGAUUAUAGCAAUUGUCACAUCAGCUGUUAUAUUUGCCCUGUUGCUGGCUGGUGUUGGUGCUUGUUUGUGUGGAUCAAAGUUUUUUAACUUCAAGAAAUGUCACCCAGGCACCAUCAGCCUGGACAAGAUCGUUUCGUACUGCCAGCCCAAACACAUGCACUCCAGUCAGCGUGUUCGUCAAGCUACCCAGUCAUCGGCAUCUGUGAUGGUGUUUAACCCAAACUACGACUACGUCAGUGCCAAACAUCUGGACCACAACCUCGUGCAGGUGCCAAGAAAACAUAUCAAACUUACCAGACCACUGGGGCGUGGAGCUUUUGGAGAAGUAUGUGAAGGAACAAUGGGAAGUCCUAAUUCAAGUGUCCCGAAAGUACGAAUAGCAGUGAAGACAUUGUUGCCAUUGUGUACGGAGCAAACAGAGAUUGAUUUUCUGAUGGAGGCCAUUAUUGUCAGCAGAUUCAGUCAUCCCAAUAUAGUGAACUUCCUAGGAGUCUGCUUUGAACAAAGGCCUAAACUAAUAAUUCUGGAACUACUGGAAGGUGGUGAUCUGAGAUCUUUUCUCAGAGAGUCUAGACCUAAACCAGGUGAGCCAUCUACCCUAACAGUGGCUGAUCUUUUGCGACUAGCUCUGGAUGUUGCCAGAGGAUGUCAGCAUUUAGAGGACAAACAUUUCAUACACAGAGAUAUUGCUGCAAGAAACUGCCUCUUAACAACAAAAGAUGUCAAUAGAGUUGCAAAAAUAGCUGACUUUGGAUUGGCAAGAGACAUAUACAGGUCUGAUUACUACAAGAAAUCUGGAAAUGCCUGGUUACCAGUCAAGUGGAUGCCACCAGAGGCCUUUCUUGAUGGAAUAUUCACAUCCAAAACAGAUACUUGGUCGUUUGGUGUUCUGCUGUGGGAGGUGUUUUCUCUCGGCUACAUGCCAUACCCAGGCUGUACUAACGAGGAGGUAGUGCACUUUGUCACAGCCGGUGGGAGACUGGAUGCUCCAGUCAGCUGUCCAUCAUCAGUGUAUGAUAUCAUGGCAUCAUGUUGGAGUGGAAUUGCAGAAGAACGACCACCAUUUUCUCUGAUCGUGUCUACUCUGGACAACUGUCUGCAGGACCAGGAUCUGUCCAGCAACCUGCCUAUUAUUUACCUUCCAGUUAUGCAUGCUGCUCGGAGUUUUAAAGUGCCACAGUCGAUGAAAUCCUCAGCGUCUGGGGAUGGGGCCAAGAGGCAGUCAGACGGGUGCCUAGAGCCUCUCCUGCCCUUGUGGCUCACUGAAGACCAGGCAGAAGGUGGCCCUGUUAACGAUGAAGACUCAUCAGAGGAUGAGGACAUGCAUCUCCAGAGAUCCAAAUAUGAAAAAGAUGUUUCCGAGUAUGACACUAAGAGAGACAGUCCCAGGAAAAGUUCCAGUGUCCAGCUACACAUUCCACCAAGUGAGUUACCUCUACUGACUGUGGAAGACUUUCAGGAACUGUUCGAAAAUGAACAUCACAAGAAAUCUGAAGCUAGUUCAAGGAGCUAAUUAUUGAUGGUGGAAUUGUUGAUCUUAUUUAUUGAACAUUUGAAGCAGCAUUAAAGAGGACCAAUUAUGUCUAGCCGAUGACUUGACAUAAACUGUAUUUACCUUUUAAGAUUCAGGCACCUUGGAGUUGAUAUCCUUGCCAAAAUUGAAAAGUUGCUAAAAGUAUGUUUUUGAUUAAAAUCUUUGGGAAUUUAUUGAGAAUAUAUUUUUAUAUGUGCAUAACUAACCAUCAUCACAUAAUGCUAUGAACUGGUUAUUGUUUGGAGUUAAUGGUGUACCAUGAUCUGUGAUUUGAAAGCAUGCAGUUUGUUACACUGCCACCAAGCAAGACGUAUUCAUGUAGCAAUGCAGUAUGAAGAUUGAAAGAUUAUGAUGUAUGGAUAUGAGUGUGUAUAUAUAUCAGGCAGCAGAUGGACUUUGUUAAGAUGUGUUAAGUUUUGGUUAUAGUAAUUUAAAAUACAUUGAAAUAAUGGUUGUGUUGUUGUUGUUGAUUUUCUAAGUAAGUGUGCAAAAUAUUUGAAGCCAAGACUUUUAAGAUAUUGUUUUGCUGUAUUGUAAAACCAGUUGCUUGUGAAAGUAUAGCAUUUCAUGUUGAUGAAAACAAAUGUAACAUGUUUUUUAAUUUUUUUGAAAACAUAAAACAUAUACAAGUCAUAUUCUAGAAAAAUGUAUUUAAUGAUGUUAUUUUGUAAACUUUGUAUAUAAAUAUUUUAAAAAUAUUGAGACCAGAGAUGGCAUCGGAUUUAGACUUGUAGUAUUUUUACAUGCCCCUAUAACACUAAGCUUUUAGGCAUCAAAACAUUGGCCCAGUAUUGGUUUUGGUUGGAAUGGUCAGUCAGAAUUCACUGUCGCACCAAUUCUGGUCAAUAAGUAAAAAGCUGCUAACAGCUAAUGCCACCUUGCGAGCACCACCAGCAUGAAGGAUGUUCCAAUGGAUCCUUAAGGGAGAGCCAACCUCAAAGACUAGCCACCAGUGAGCCAACCGAUGAGCUGCCUCACCAAAAUGGCACUAAUUCAUUGAUGAAGCCACUGGUCCAACUGCAGCAUACUAUCUGGAAAUGAGAAGAGUCUUAAAAACCACCCAAGCAAUUUAUAUAGCACAAUGAGGUGUGUAAAACAGCUAUUUGUCUGGUACUCCUUUAGAUAGCUGCUUCCUGCAUGGCAACUUUACCAUAACUAAUUGAACUUAACAUAUAAAAUCUACUUUUGACAAAACUCUGCCUUUCUUUUAAAUGUAUGAUAGUCAGUGAACAAAACCUCGAUUUUUCAUGUUAUAGUUCUUAGGAGCCACUUCUUACACUUAAUCAGCUUAUAACAAAACAGUUUUUCUCAUCUCCUGGAAACAUAAAAAAAAGGCAGAUGAGAGGGGUUUUUUUAGUUUGUGUAUCAAAAUUAACAGUUAACAUUUUGAAAAUAGUCUUUAUAUCAAUCAUAAUUAUUACUUCAUUUUUGAUACAUAAACAGAUCAGUACUUUGUUGGGUCAUUUAGUAGGUGUGAUGUCCAUCACAUUGGGGCAUGCUUGAUUGGGAAUUCUAGAAAUUAGAAUUGGAAUCCCAAACUAUUCCUGUGUGCGUAUGUGCAUGUAUGUGUGUGUAGUCCCUUUCAUGUCAUUAAUAUUUUGCUAUUAUCAGUAAAGACAUCAGUGUUAUAUCCAACAUGUGGUGCUCCAAAAACAAAUGUGGAUGAAAUGUUAAGGAACCAAUCUAGGGCUUUAUAGUUCCAGUUUUGUUUGAAUGUUGAAAUUUUAAGAAUAGUUUUCAGUUAAUUCUGAUGACCCAAUCGAGCACUCCCUUGGCCUUUUAGAGGUUGCUGUACACCUGUUUUAUUCUUUAACUCUUUAUCAACUUAAAAACGUUAUAUUUUUCUAAAGCUACUCGUUCACUCUAGUUUCUGAGGUACAAUGUACCUUUUGUUUUGCAUGAAAUUAAUUUUGAGUCACUACAAAGACCAGGACAACAAGUGAUAUAUUAGCUUUGACCAAAUCAUCAUUUAUGAAACAAUCUGUAAGUUAACGGUAAAAAAGCCAUAAUAGCCAAAAAUAUUUUACACUGCUUAGAAAUCGGGGUCAGCUUUAAUUUAGGCAUCCAUGUUAUAUUCAUGUACAUUUACAAUUUAAAAGAAAUGUUGUUAAUUCACAGUUAUUACCUCAGACUCAGGAAUUAAGUUAACAUUUUAUAUUUAACAACUCUAAUGAACUUAAAUAUACAUACAAAUUGUUUUUCCUAUACACACAAGCAUAAAUAAAUAAUUUAUUGAA